UUUUAUAAAAUUAGAAUUUGUUAUAUAUUAGAUUAUGGUUAUUUGUGUUGGUUAAUAAUUUUUGAUAAGUUUGUGUAUGGUUUUUAAUGAGUCGUAAGUUUACGAUAUUAAUAAGUUUCAUAUUUUUUUAUUUUUUAGGACUUGACCAAAAGUAUACCACAUGACAAUAUUUUAUUUUCUAUUUAUUAAUUUUGUAUUAAAAUUAUAUAAUUUAAAUUUUCGAUGCUUUUAGAUUUAACUCGUAGAACAUACGUAAUUUAGUAACUUUGUAUUACAAAUACACAUUUAGAUGUGUCAAAAAAGAUUAGCAUUUAUUUUGAUAUACUAUAAUAUUGAAUUUUAUUGAGAUGUCUCAUAUUAAUAUCGAUCAAAACUCAUCCCGCCAUAUAAACCUGUCUCCUUCUUUCAGCCGUGGGGUGGUCUUGUCCAACAGCUUGUUCUCUGAUCAUCAUGUUGUCGCCGGUGGGAUGGUGCUGAUAGUUGGGGGUGAUCCGCAAUGUCCUGCCAUUCAGAAGCGUCUCUCUUUGCUAAUCGAAGAUUAUCGUCCCAUGGAAUGCACCUUUUCUGAAAAGUUAGAAUAUUUCGACUCUUCCAUAAGCGCCAAAAGAUCCAUAGCGGGAGUUGUUGCAGAUAGUUUGUUAAGUUGUUGUUGUACUAUGAUGGAUCGUACAAUCGGGAGAUGCCAAGUAAGGCUGGAUGGGUAAUUCGAGAUGAGUCGGGCCAAUUUGUAGGUGCAGGUCAAGCGACAGGGAACCACACUUCUAAUGCUCUAGAAAGCGAGUUUCAAGCUCUUCUUAUCGCAAUGCAAAGCUGUUGGAGCCACGGUCAUAGAAAAAUCUGGUUUGAAGGAGAUAACAGGGAGGUGAUGGAAAUCCUCAAUAGGAGAAAAUCACGUUUUGAUACCUUUAAUUGGAUAAGAGAUGUUCAAGCUUGGAAGCAACGGUUUCAGGAAUGCAGAUUCACAUGGAUCAACCGAAAACAGAACAAACCGGCGGAUAUUCUUGCCAAGAGUCACUUACCCCAGAAUGAACAAUUUAAAUUUUAUGAUUACAUUCCGAUUGUAAUUUCUUCAGCCUUACAGCUGGAAAACUUUUGAUCAUAAUAACAAUGGAAAAGAAGAUGUUA